UCAUCUGGAAAAGCUGCAUUGUGUUUUGAGCGUCUGUGUUUUUAGCAGCUGCUCAUUAGCCACAGGGGCUUGUUAGCGGUGUUUGUGGAGGGGGACCCGCGUCUGCCAGGCAAGCUGCAACGCCGUGACGCAAUUCACACUCUCCUGCUGCAACACAAUCAAAUAUGAAGAGCCAGAGUGCCGACGACGAGCUGCUCCUUUGGCUGUAAAUAUCACGGAAAUGCUGAGGAGAGAGGAGCGGGGGGUGUGGCGCUGACCAUCACCCAUUCACCAAAACAAUACACGCCCAGCGCUCGUGCAAUUGUGGCGUAAAAAGCCGCGCCGGGGAGCCGCGUUUGGUCACAGUCUGUCCGCUCCGGACACCUCACUGGGUGCACAGGCCAGCCCGCCGCGAUCCGUCCCUCUGCAGACUGCCAACAAAACGCAGGGAUCCUCAUCGCAUUACGCAGAUUCAAAGCCUGGAUGCAGCGCGAGCCAGUGGCCUGCACGAGAAGAUGCGAUAACUACGGUAAGAUUAAAGGCGUGUUUGCACCAUGAGUGCAGGUUGUGUUGCAAGAGGAGAUUGAAUGCCUCUAAAAUCUCAAGGCUGUGAGCCCUGUGCAGGGUGGUGAUGAGCAGUCAGGGCAGCAGCAGCAGGGGAAGUGGCCAGCAUGCUGACACUCCUCCCCUUCGUCACGCCCCCGGACCCAAGCUGCAGGUGCAGCGCUCCCUCUCUCGCGACACCAUCACCAUCCACUUCUCUGCUCUGGGGAAGGAGGAAGACGACGAGGAAGAGGAGCUCUACGGGGUACCUGUUGGAUCUGCCGCGGAUAAAUCUGAGCUUGACGGUGCAGGGGGGUUUCAAGGUCUAGAAGCUUCGGGGGCUGAUGACCAGUCUGUCGCCACGGGCUUGGAGGCAAAAGAGGAGCUGCUGUUUGACUCCACUGGUGUGGAGACCUCCUCAGGAGCUGCUGUACUCCCUGUUUCAUCCACCACUCUGUCCGUGCAGCCCUCAGACCCUCAUCCACACACACCAUCUCCAGCUAUGACUAUCACCCCCACCUCCACGCACCCCCACCUGAGCUCCACCCCUCCUGCCAGCUCCUCCUGGCCCUCUGACCGACCCUCAGUCAAUCCUCCAUCCACAAGCUCCAGCUCCUCCUCCUCCCCUUGCAAGUCUGCAGCUCUGUCCUCCUCCAAGCCUUUCCUCAGCCUGGUCAGGUCUUUGUCCAAUGACGUCGAGUCUCGAGAUCCCACCCCUGCGCUCACAGCUGUUGCACCACCACAUGCACGACACCGUCACUUAAUGAAAUCUUUUGUUAAGUCUCUUUCCACGGACACCUCAAAGGCCGAACAUCAGGAGGGGCCUCUUCAUCACCAUCUUCAUCACCCCCCUCAUCAGCAACAGCAAGCACAGCCAUCCCAGCGGCCUCCACCUCGCAACAUGCAGCUCUUCAAACAGUUCUCCCAGCCUCGCUUAUCCUCCACCCCAGUCAUCGUCACUCAAGCAGGUGGAGACUCCAAAACGGCGCCCUCCUCCCCCAUCAUGUCCCCAGAUGGCAGGUCUUUCUUUAAGGUUCAAGAGGUGGAGGCCAGAAUAGAGGAUACCAAGCGGCGUCUGUCAGAGGUGAUGUCAGACCCCCUGCAGCUGUUUAGUAAGAUCAUGGGGGAUGAGUCUGGCGUUGGAGCUGCUGGAAGCGCCGCUCAUCGCGCCAAAUCGCUGUCCUCUAGUGCCUCCGAGCUCAGCGGAGCCACAGCCGUAAACGGACACAUGGAAGGUAACAACAACUAUAGCAUCAAAGAAGAGGAAGGAGCAGAAGAGGAAGAAACCCCCACGGGCAAGGGCCCUGACUCUGUUUUUUUCUCCUUCCCACCUCUGGCCUCGGCCCCAGCCCUCACCCAGGCCUCCUCAUCCACUUUCCACCGGUCUCCUUCUCUCACGCUGGGCCGCUGCUCGAUGUCGGCUCUGGUGGCUCGACAGGAAGACGAGGACUUCUGCGAGUUGUACAGUGAGGACUUUGAGUUAUGUACUGAUACAGAAACACCGGAUGGGGAUUUUCCCGGGUCCCGGCAGCCCCACACUGGUAGCACUGGGCUGUGUAGUGAACUUGACACAGAGGAGGAGGAAAAAGAGGAGGAGGAGGAGGAGUUGGAGACUUUGCCUGUGACUGGCCUCAUCUUCCUGACGCAGUUGGUGUACUGGUAUAUAAUCCUUCCAGUGCCACCGUAUGUAUGUGCGGUGGUUCAUGGGAUUGUAGCUGGGUUCAUGCUGGCUUUGCUGAUCCUUUGGCUGUCCUCUCCCCGACGCUCCUCAUCAGGGACGAGAAGAGGGAGGCGAGGGAUAGAGCACUGGAAUGUGGCCCAGCUGGAUAUCAAAGAACCGGGAAUCUUCAAGGGCUGGAUGAAUGAGAUCCACAGCUACGACCCAGAGAUGUACCACGCCACCCUGACACACUCCAUAUACGUCCGUCUAGAGGGCUCUGUCCUGCGGCUCUCCAAGCCCAACCGAAAUAUCUCCCGCCGUGCCACACACAACGAGCCUAAACCUGACGUCACCUACAUCAGCCAGAAGAUCUACGACCUGACGGACAGCAAGAUCUACCUGGUGCCCCAAAGCUUGGCGAGGAAGAGAGUUUGGAACAAGAAGUACCCCAUUUGCAUUGAGUUGGCCAAGCAGGAGGACUUCAUGUCCAAAGCCCAGGGAGAGAAGCCUGAAGCUGGGGAGGAGAAAUUAACGGGGCUGGGUGAGAAACUGGAACGAGCGGACAAAUGCGAGAAAGUGGAGGUAUCAGGAUCAGCAGAGGAACCCAAAAGACCAACAUCUGGAGGUGGUGAUCUGACAAUCUACUUGUUUGGGAGGACAGGUCGCGAAAAGGAGGAGUGGUUCCGGAGAUUUCUUCUUGCAUCCCGGAUGAAGUCAGAGGGGAGAGGUCCAUCUGGCAUCUGCAAGAGUGCCUUCUUGCCCUCCCAAAGCCGCAGUAGCAGCCCCCAAUCUGGUGGCGGCCUGGAGGCCGACAGCAGGAGCAGCAGCCGGGGAAGCCUCGAGGAGCUGUCUCAGUCUCGCCACAGAGAGACCCCCUCUGCUCUCUCCUCUGCUUCCACUGGAGGGAUGAAGCAGAAGAUGAUGUUGGACUAUAAUGUCUAUAUGGCCAAGUAUGUCAACCCCCAGGCACCACAGAGAAGCCCGACUGCCACUGACAGCGCUGGGCCCAGUCCCGAAAGCAGCCCCAAAACUACCAAAAAGAUACGCACAAGUUCAGAGGAGACUGUGGAGCCUGAGGCCUGGGUCAAUGCUUUUGUAGGAAGAAUAUUCUGGGACUUCCUGGGAGAGAAGUACUGGGCCAAUGUAGUCUCCAAAAAGAUCCAGAUGAAGCUCAGUAAGAUAAGGCUGCCGUAUGUUAUGAACGAGCUGACUUUGACAGAGCUCGACAUGGGCUUUUCCAUCCCCAAGAUCCUCCAUGCCUCCAAACCCUCUGUGGACCAUCAAGGUCUGUGGUUUGAUCUGGAGGUCUCCUACACGGGCUCCUUUCUCAUGACACUAGAGACCAAGAUGAACCUGGCCCGUCUGGGGAAGGAGGGCGAGGGGCUCGGCGAGCACGGAAAAGAGUGGCCCAGGCCACGGACAUACUGUCUGGCAGACAGCGAUGAGGAAUCGUCUAGUGCCGGCUCGUCAGAUGAGGAGGACCCCCCAGAACUCCUCAGUGACAAAGCCAUUCUUCCUGGAGCCGAGGGCUAUGUGGGAGGCCACAGGCCCAGCAAGAUCAUGCGCUUUGUGGACAAGAUAGCCAAGUCGAAGUACUUCCAGAAAGCCACAGAGACAGAGUUCAUUAAGAAGAAGAUGGAGGAGGUGUCCAAUACGCCCCUGCUGCUCACAGUGGAGGUGCAAGAGUGCCGCGGGACGCUGGCUGUCAACAUCCCACCUCCCCCCACGGACAGGAUAUGGUACGGUUUUCGGAGUCCGCCUCACUUGGAGCUGAAAGCACGGCCUAAACUGGGUGAGAGGGAGGUAACUUUAGUUCACGUGACCGACUGGAUUGAGAAGAAACUGGACCAGGAGUUUCAGAAAAUAUUCGUGAUGCCAAACAUGGAUGAUGUAUGGCUACCCAUAAUGCACUCUGCCAUGGACACACGUUCUAAUGCCAACUUGGUUACUGUGACAAAUGAUGCCUUGAAGGACCCAGAACACGAGGAGUCUGAGGUCUCUGACAUGUGAAGACUUGCUGUUCAAAGUGCAUAGCGACGUACAUUUUAUCUCCAUGGCAAUAUGACAAGUCCCCGCCCCUCUCAAGAGACCUACAGGUGCAGCAACGGGCUGAACCAAUAUUUUUACCCAUGUUUCAGUCCCUUUGUUGCACCAGUCCGAUGCCACCCAUAAAGUGCAAUCAGUGUGCGAAGUGUCGGCGAGCUCGUAAGCAUCUGCGGCGACUAAAAGCAGGAGAACGGAGGAGAAUUGUGACUCGUAGAUUGUCAUCCAAUCACACAGUUUUAUAUGUGUGACAUCAGAUAUUGUGAUUCAUUCUCAGAUGAAAUACAACACACAGGGCAUGUCGAGACUGCUUUAACAAAUGUGCGUGGAUCAACAAACAGCCAUCAGAUUCAACCUGAAGAACCAUAAUACCUGUGAUGUACAGCUGCACCAAACAUGAUAGUUGUACAGUGUACAUUUUUCUUACAGAGUGGUUUAUUGUAACUAUGAGAAGACUGAGGCCACUGAAUAAGCGUGUGUCUGAGUGAAAAUUUGGGGUUGAUUUUGCUGAAAAAGCCCUCGCGUCUGUUGAUACACAUUUCACAGGGAUAUCAAACUCAUUGGUCACCCAUCCACACCUGCUGCCUGUGCCAGUCGCCUGGCACUUUUAUGCAAACAGAUCAACGGCACUGUGUCCAUCGAGGACACUAGGUCAGUUCAAAUCCACAAUGGACACUAUCACAACAUACAGCCUGUGUGCUUUUAACCGCGUGGUAUUGAUUAGAGCUAAACCUGACUUUAGAUGGGUGAAUUAAAACAUAUCUGCAAACACAGCAGCUGAACAUUGCCUAGGUCUGAUGAAUGUAUUAAUAGGAAUGCAGCUCCCUAGUUGUGCAAGGAUUAGCUCAUUCACUGACGACGUGCUUCUACGCAACAUGCUUCAAGACUUCUUUUCAUGUUAUAUUCAGAGUUGAGAAAACAUAAUAACUGUUUUUAUUGCCAAAGCAAUCUUUCAGUCCUGUCUGAAGGCUACUGUAUGAGGUAAAUGAUGACAAAUAAGCAAUCGGGUUCCUGUGAAGGCCGAAGUUUGGACAGCAGGAGACUGAAUCCCUUUUGUGAUUUUUUUUUUUUUUUAAAUGUAUAAAGAGAGGGAAAUAUG